AUGCAAAACUUCAAAUAUCUAAAGUCCUUGUUUACCGUGUUUAAUAUCAUUUUAUGUUGUAAUGGAAGUUUAAAAGAAAGUUAUUCUACAUUACAAUUUGGAUACAGAUUAUAUCAGAGAAUGAUAGAAUCUUAUCUGAACUAUAGUAUAUUAGACUGUGUUGAGGAAUGUCUAAGAACUACAAGGUGCCAGUCGGUAAAUUAUUACAAAGGAGCAAACUUUUGUGAAAAUAACUUUGAGAGUAACACAACUGAACCAGAAAUGUACAGAGAAGAUUCGGGCUGGAUAUACACUGACAUAAAGAACUGGGACAAGGGUCUCACGGGGUCUUGCUCAGAACAAUCUUGUUCGAUCAAUGAAAAAUGCAUCCAUCAGUCACUGGGGAAUUCCAAGUGUGUUUUAUCAGACUGUGGGAUUCCCACCAACAUGAGGAAUACAACGUGGAAUGUAAAGGAUGGGGACGGGAUAGGAAUCUAUAAAGAAAUGCACAUAAAAUGCCACGAAUCCUAUGAACAACGAGGAUCAGGAAGGCUGUUGUGUCUCGAGAAAGGGACCUGGAAGUCGGACUUGGUUUGCAAAGGUGACAGUAUGGUAAACACAGGUAACAGAUAA